GACUUGUUUCCUUCUUUGCUAUCUCCUUUCUCGUUUCUCAGUUUCCAUCUCUGCGUAAGGUAAUCAUCCAACCAGACACUGCCGGCAGUGUCUUUUCCAUCUCUCGUUUUCCUUACGUCGUUUUCUCUUCGGCUACUGUCUUUCAUAAAACACUCCUUGGUUUUUUUCUCUCUUUUUUUCUCUCCAAUUUUUCCAAUUUUUAUAACUUCAUUCAAAAUGGGUCUCGGGGUCUUAGAGGAUAGACAUAUGACCCGGCCGCCGGGGACAUCAAAACUUGGCGAAGAAGGCGAUCCAUCCUUUGAUGCGGCGAGCACCGUCGACUUAAAGAAAGAUGGCGACAUCAUCCUGGUUCCUCAGCCGAGCGACUCGCCUAAUGAUCCGCUCAACUGGUCAAUGGUUCAUAAGAACGCCAUAAUGUUCAUUCUUGCUUUUAGCUCUGGCGUCACGACUUCACUUGGUCCGAUGAUUUCGCCCGGUUUGAUCGUAAUCAGUAAACAGUUCCAUGUCAGUCCUGAUAUGGUAUCUACAUUCAUGGUCGGGUCUAUCCUGCUAUUUACUGGUGCUACCACCUUCUUCACAGCGUCAGGAGCAAAUAUCUGGGGCAAGAGACCAUUCUUCGUAAUAUCUACACUGUUGCUGUUGAUAUCGAACAUCUGGGGUACUUUCGCAGAUUCCUUCCCCUCGUUAGCCGCUAUGCGCAUCUUCCAAGGAAUCGCAUCCGCUCCUCUUGAGACGUUAGUCACAUCCACAGUUUCGGAUCUAUUCUUCGUUCAUCAGCGAGGAACACGCCUGUCUUUGUGGGGAGUGAUGCUAGGAACCGGUGUUCUCCUGGGUCAGAUCAUUUCUGGCUACAUCAUUGAGUCGUUAGGUAUUUCCGGCACUUUUGCUAUCAGCGCGCUCAUCUUCUGCGUGAUACUACCGCUUAUGUAUUUCGUCAUUGUCGAGACCACCUACACGAAGUCGCGCAGCACCAGGUUCGAUGAGAAACGUCCAGCUUCACGAGCAUCUUCGAUAGGAAGUACAGAUGUGAUUCUUAAGGGAGAUGACUCAGCUAGUGAGUCUAAGGAAAGCUAUAAGAGUCAACUUCGUAUUUUCCGCGGUAGAUUAUCCGAUGACUCCUUUUGGAGGGGCGUGGUCAAGCCGUUCCCUCUCGUCUGUUUCCCUGCCGUCAUCUUUUCGACCCUGGUCUACGCAUCCUUCUUUUGUUGGCUCUUGAUGAUCGGUGUCUUGUCUGUCAACAUCUUCUCCGCACCUCCGUACAACCUUUCUCCAGCUCAAGUCGGACUGACCAACAUCCCGCUGGCCCUUGCCACGUUAAUCUUCUCGCCGAUUUCUGGAUGGAUGGCCGACGCAAUCCCUGUUUGGAUGGCGAAGCGGAAUGGGGGAAUGUUCGAACCCGAGUUCCGCCUAGUCCUCAUGCUCAUCGCUAUCCCUUUCAGCACAGCGGGAUUUAUCGGAUUCGGGAUCUCAUCUGCCAAAGGAUUACCUUUGGCAUGGUGCUUAGUUUGGAUCACGAUGCAUUCGGUAGCUGUACCUUUUGCUUCCCAGGCAUCGAUCAGCUACGUUAUCGACUGCCACACCAAGGACGCGAAUCAAGCAUUCGUUACCAUCAACUUCGUCAAGGCCGUAAUGAGCUUCGCCGCUACAACCGUCGGGAACGGAAUGCUCGCCAAAUUUGGGCCGAGGGACCUAUUCAUCGGAAUCGCGAUGCUAAACUUGGGAAUCAGCCUCCUAACUAUUCCCAGUUACAUCUAUGGCAAGAGACUGAGGAGCUGGGUGGCGAGGAGUGACUGGGCGAACAGGAUCUGAAAUGAUUUAAUAACAACAUGGAACAUUUUCUAUUCUGUGUUGGCUACACGGUUAUAUUACGUAGGUAGGAUAUCGUUGGCGACUGAUUUGACGGAACCCUGUACCUCGAGGACAAACCGGUGGGAGACGGACGGCGUUAUGGGAGCGGCUGGCCGUAAGUAAUGUCCCAUGUUGUCGAAAGAGAUAUAUCCGUGUAUGUAUUAUUAUAUUAGCCAGUUUUAAUACUGGCAAUCUGGGAAACAAGCAUCGUUAUUAUAACUAUGCCAA